AUGUGUUACGUGGGGAAAGCAACAAAGAUCUUCAUCUUCAUUGUGACGGUGCUCGUUGUUCUGGGUCUAGUUUUGGGAUUAGGACUCCUUCGCCGCCACCACCACAACACUUCAAAUAAAUGCUCCGAUGAGUCUUGCAUUAUUCCUUCACCAGCAACCACAUUUCCGAACCCCAAUUUCAAUACACCAACCCCACCUUCCCCCAUUGACAACAACCCCACAACCCCACAAACUCCUCCUCAGCUUCCAAAUCCAAAUCCAAUUCCUCCUCCUCCUCCUCCUAAUUCCGAUAACCCAUCUUUGCCACCGCCUCCGCCGCCGGAGGAAACGACCCCUCCGAAUCCUCCUAGUGUGGCGGCGCCACCUAUGAACACACCAACACCAGGGUCGGCGCAGGUGACCCCAGGUCCUGUGCAUGCUAUGGCCUAG